GAUGUAAGGAUUAAUAAAGCCUCAACUAAAAGCAGAUACUUGGGGAAAAUAUAUUUGGCUUAUAGAAUCGAGCUGACAGGACUAUCUCUAGGUAGCCACUACUGUGCUUUAGAAGGCAGAAGUGUCAUGAUACUAGCUAUUUUGUGGACUAAUUUAUACCAGACAUGCUUAAUUUAAUUGCUAGAUAGAUGGGAAAAGUCAGCAUCUUAAAAUUGUUGGCUGUUUGGUAUAUUAAAUGUCUCUAUGUUCUUCGGCUACAUCUCUCUUACUUGGGCAUAGUUAAGAUGCUGUACAUGUGUAACUUGAUAGAUUUUACUCACAGUCUUCUAUACAAUUAAAAUGUGUAAAGUAUGAAAAGGCAUUUUGAUUGUUCUGUGCCUUCUACUCAUUAAUUUAUUAGGUGAAAGUAUUACUUCCAUGGCUUAGUGACAAUGAACAUUGAAAACAGAAGGAGAAAACUUGGUACUUGUUUGAAAGAAAUAUUAAUCUAAAUGCAUACUGCAUUUGACAUUCAUAGCCACAGAAUAUGUAAGGAUAUGAAUUGAGUCACUUAAUUCCUACACAGUCCAUAAUUUUAAAACUAUGUAGCUACUAAGAAAAAUGUCAGAUGCAUGCAAUUACUUAGAACUCUGCACCAAGACUAAUAUUUGUAGUAGCAGAUUUUUACAUUGAGUCUGUGCACCAGUUAAGAAGAUUUCCUCUCAUAUUAAGAGAUUCCUCUAAUAUUUUUUUCUACAUAUUCCAUAGAAUUUUAAGCAGUGCUUAUAUUUAGUAUUGGCACUGACUUCUUAAUGUUUUGCAUCUAUUCAGUUUUGUGCUCAGUAUUGAAUGACUCAGUAAAAUCCAUCUCUCUUCUCUUUACAAAUAGAAGUAAGAAUGAGGAUAUCUUCCUUCAAGAAUCAAUUUCUGCACCUUUGAGACAAUCCCAUCUCUUUUUAAUUUGGAACGUUAUUCUGCCAACUGUUGCCAUUCUCUUUUGUUAACUUGCAGAAGUGGAGAGUUGUUCUUGUGGAAGAUGAAGUUUGUUUGGGGAAUUCAUCCUAAUGCUCUGGCAUAUUCCAUGACUACGUUAGGUGCUGGGAUGCUGAACAGUAUCUUUAAUUUCUACUACGUUAAGCUUUUCCUGAACCGAUACAAAAUUUCAGAGGCAGCAUUUCAUCAAGCACAGGUUGUGUUUCUGAUAUGGAAUGCCAUUAAUGAUCCUCUCUUUGGGUACAUUCAGGAUAACUCCAAGUUCACGUGCUGCUCGAGACGCCAAGUUUCAAUUUUAUAUGGAGCUCCACUAUAUGCUUUAGCCUUUUUGCUGCCUUGGUUUCCUUGGAAACGUUAUGAAGAAGGUGAGUGGCUAAGUGGCCUUCACCUCAUUGUUGCCCUGUGUGCCUUUGACGGUUUGCUUACUUUUGUGCUUCUAGCGCAGUGUGCGCUCUUUGCAGAGAUCUCAACAAGGCAUGAAAGCAGACUUCAACUCAUUAGAUAUAACCAAGUAGCAACGUUAAUUGGAUCAACAAGCAUUCUCUUUUGUGGCCUCGUAUCAGAGAACAUGGAAAAUUUUGCCUGUUUUCAGGCUUUUACUGUUUUGAUCGCAGCGUUAGCAACAGCCUGUAUGUGUUACACAGGCAAAUACAGUACAAGUCAAUACGAGCAGAGAGGGAUUUGUACAGACAAGAGUCAUCUGGAAAAUGGUGAUGGAGCUCUUUCCUGGUCCUCAGUAAUUUCAUUGACCAAACAGAUUUUGACAGAGAAAAACUUCCUGUUUUUUGUAACUAUGAACUUCUUCCAAGUCUUCCACUUAGCCUUCUGCAACAAUUUUAUGAUGAUCUUUGCGGAUAAUCUUAUUCCUAAGGAUGUCCUUUCCUCCUCCAUAAGAAGUAUCAUGUAUGGGGCGAGCUUUAUCUGUCCUCAGUGCCUUGUUCUUCUCAGUCAUGCUUCACUGAAGAAGUUGGGUUAUUACAGAAUCAUCUUGUUUUCCUUUUACUUUGAAGGAGUAGCUGCUGCUGUUAUGUUUGUUCUAGGGCCAGAACACUAUUAUCUGUUGGCAUUUUAUCUCACAACAAACAUGGUAAUCGUCCAAGCUUCAUUUAGUUUGUUCAAUUUGCCUUUGGCAGACAUUGUGGAUGCAGAUGUAAUAAAGCACCAGCGGAGAUCACCCCUUUCCUCCAUGGUUUUUGGUACCAAUGCCUUAUUUACCAAGCCUGCCCAAUCUUUGGCUCCAAUGCUUGUGGUUACAAUUCUAAAUCAAUUUGGAUACGAGAACCUGAAUAAUAAAGUUGCUCAACCUGAUUCAAGUUUGUUUUCAGGUCUUCAUGAUGCCAUGUUCUAUUUGGUCUGCCUGGUUCCACUUUGCGUUGCAGUCAUACAGAUCCUGGCCUGGACUCCCUUUUCAAUCCAGAACAGCCAUCUGACAGCUGUGCACUAACUACCUAACAGCUGGCCAGCAAAUCUGCUGAACUGUACCACAGAAGAGUUACUGUAUUGCCAUGUGAAAAGUCAAAACUGCAUUAACUGGACAUUAAAUCAAGCACAGUCUGAGCCAUUCGAAACGAAGUUGCAUUCUUCAGUCUCUAUAGACUGUAACACAGAUCAUAUUCAGCCUUUAUGCUGAGCCUACACAGACUUCAGUUGUUUGCCUUGAAUGGGCUUCAUUCUUAAUUACUAAAUAAAGUCAUUUCUAGUAUAUACUGAUCACUGUUAACUCUUCUGAAGAAUGGAUAUGGCAGAUGGCAUGGAGGAAUCCCAACCCAGCACCUGGAAUGCAAAGGAACUGUACUUUCUUAAGCUUGCUGAGAGACGGUGGAUUAACUGUGCCAUUCUGAUGGCAGAUCUCUGAAGUCAAUUUUGAAGAGCCCGGUGGACAUCCCUCAUGGAUGGCAGGGAGAUGGAGUGAAAAAUUUAGUUGGUGUCUAGCUGAACAAUAUCAAGACAAACCUGACAGCUACCACAGGAAGAGCCAGGAGUAAUUAACUAAUCUCUAGAAGUCAGUGUAAGGCUAAAGAAGAAUAUUUCAGAACUGUUCCAAAUAAAGUGUUGCUGGAUAUGGACAAAAGCCACAUGUGUCCUCACAGGCUUCCCAGUGUCUCUCCUUGGUGGUAGGUAGGUGCAGUUUUUGGCAUUAAAAGGGAAAAAUAUUUCAAAAGUACCACAUUGUACUAAGUGGCUAAGUGCAGGGUUCUGCACUUUGGCCACAACAACCCCAAGCAGCAAUACAGGCUGGGGACAGAGUGGCUGGAGGGCAGCCAGGAAGAAAGGGACCUGGGGUGCUGGUAGAGAGCAGCUGGAGAUGAGCCAGCAGUGUGCCCAGGUGGCCAGGAGAGCCAGUGGCAUCCUGGCUUGGAUCAUGAACAGUGUGGCCAGUAGGAUAUGGGAGGUUAUUCUUCCCCUCUACUCAGCACUGGUCAGGCCACACCUUGAGUGCUGUGUCCAGUUCUGGGCUCCUCAAUUUAAGAGAGAUGCUGAUAUACUGCAACCUGUCCAGAGAAGGGCAACAAAGUUGAUGAGGGGCCUGGAACACAAACCCUAUGAGGAGAGGCUGAGGGAGCUGGGGGUGUGCAGCCUGCAGAAGAGGAGGCUUCAUUGCUGUCUAUAAUUACCUGAAAGGAGGUUGUAGCCAGGUGGGGAUCAGAUUCUUCUUCCAGGCAACCAGGAACAGAACAAGGGGAUAUAGUCCGAAGACGUACCAGGGGAGGUCUAAGUUGGAUGUCAGGAGGAAGUUGUUGGCAGAGAGAGUGAUUGGCAUUGGAAUGAGCUGCCCAGGGAGGUGGUGGAGUCACCAUCCCUGGAGGUGCUCAAGAAAAGACUGGAUGGGAUACUUAGUGCCAUGAUCUAGUUGAUAGGUUGGACUGGAUAGUCUUGGAAGUCUCUUCCAAUCUGUUUGAUUCUGUGAUUGUUAGUGCUUCAUACAUUGUGAUAAGAGAAGUGUUCAGUUACUUGGACAAUCCUAAGCACACACCAUUAAAUCAAACUCUUGCCUUGUUUAGUAGGGUUGCAUUGGUGAACUCAUUUUGUGUGCUGAGAGCUGAAUUCCUGAUUAAUUCUUACCAAGAUCCUUUCAGUCAAGCUUUUAAAUGGAUCCUGUGGUUUUCAUAUUUUUUUCUGACACAAUUUCAGAAAUGCUGAAUCCUUUAUUUACAUGCAACACGCUGCAACAACACGUUAGCAUGUUUACAGCACUCCUCUUUAAUAAAUACUUACUCCUCCAGAGUAUCCAGCAUGCCAUUGUGUAAUGGUAGAUAGCUUAUGUGUGACAUAAUCACGGCAUUUUUGUUCCUUGUUUUGCCUGAGCAAACACAAUUUUAGAAGCACCUUUCUUUCAGAGUGCCAGUCACUUGAUAGUAUGCAGUCUCAAGUUGUGCCAGGGGAAGUAUAGGCUGGAUGUUAGGAGGAAGUUCUUCACAGAGAGAGUGAUUGGCAUUGGAAUGGGCUGCCCAGGGAGGUGGUGGAGGCACCAUCCCUGGAGGUGUUCAAGAGAAGGCUGGAUGAGGCACUUGGUGCCAUGGUGUAGCUGACUGGAUAGGGCUGGGUGCUAGGUUGGACUGGAUGAUCUUGGAGGUCUCUUCCAACCUGGUUGAUUCUAUGAUUCUGUAAGAAGAUGAACCACAUGUAUCCCAGGUUUAACAUGGUGAGCAAGCUCAAGUCAAAGGCUCUGCAUGUAUGUGUAACCUGGAAAAGAAAAGAGUGCAAGAAGUUGCCCUGCAUUUUGGUGGACACUGGCAAAAUGUAAUAAAGAGGACGGAGUUUUGAAUUA